AUGGCUACAUCCUCAUCAACUUCUCUGAUACCGAAUGCUUCUGAUUCUGCUGCUGGGGAAGACUUCUCUGACCCAGAAGUUGAAACCAACGAAUACACUGCGGCAGCUCCGUAUGUCUGGGAGACGUGGCAGACUGAAAUUUUAAACCACUAUCUUCCAUUUUACAAAGCCAACAAAACUGUCAAACAAAGGACCGCUCUGUUGAACAAGACAUUUCGGAGGAUGCAGUCGAAGAGGGACAUUCCCGAUUCAGAUGUCUCCGGUCUCCGCAAGGCAAUGCGGCAGUGGUAUGGUCUCAAGGCCAAAGUUCGGCAGCCGAAGCAAUACAAAAUUCGGGGCGUCAAUUGGAACUUUCGGACCGUGGCUGCCUUGCUGAAGAAAGAGGAAAUUAAGCAAGCAGAAGUGGAACUCGCCGGUGGCCAGCCUGUAAAAUUUGGCAGCUAUCAGGCUGCGUUGAAUAAUGUUUUGGGAAACAUGGAUGAAGAGGAGCUGAAUGGGCUGAAGGUUACAGCGGCGAAAUGGAACGCCGCAGGACCGCCGGAAGAGGAGAAAAAUUGGCUGUCUGUAAAACAUGCCCCGAAGUACGCCAAAGCCUUCGCCGAAAAAUGUUUCAAACAGCUUGGCGCAUGGGUCCUUAUCUACUGGGGGUCUAUGGAUACUGAUGGGGGCCUCGUCUCAGCAAGGUUUGAUUUUAACAAUGAGCUGGGAGGGGGCACGGCCUACAAGGAUAUGUUUAAUGAUGCUCCUGUAACGGAUAGAACUUGGGGCAAGUAUUUGGAGAGGGUUUAUAAAAUGUCCGAAGAGCAGCCGAUUCUACGUCUCCAGCCGAGAGGAGCCCUAAUGGAACUUGACGUGGAUCAAGAUGGAGAGCCGAUAAUUCCCGAAGAAGUGACUUGGCCUUCAGAUCUCACGGGAGAAGCAACAAUCAAGUGGCAAAAGGCACUGCUUCGGUCUUACCUCGGUGCCCAUUACGCUCUGGCAACCAAGGAUGGAACUCAGCGUGUUCCUUGGACCAAUGUUAUAAACGCACCGAAAGACUUCAUUUCCGCCGAAUAUUUACCAGGUUACGAGUCUAUAGAUAGGGAGCCAUCGCAUCUCACGGUUGUUAAGGUUCGAAAGCUUUUGCGAUUUUGGUUAGCAAGGCAAUCAUCGGGCUUGGUAGCAUUUCGGUGGAAGUUGGUGAUGUAUGCUGGUGAAAUCGUCAAAGCCGAACCUCCGAAGAAGGGCUGCAAACCAUCCGACGACUUGACUCGGAAGAGGGGGAAACAGCACACUGCCAAAGGUCGGCCGAAGAAGAAGUCGAAGGCUUCGGUGGAUUUUAUUACCUCCGAUGACGAUCUAUCUCCAGCGACAACUACACGAAAGAAGAUCAAACCUCGACCAAUCAAAAAGCCGAGGGUUGUUGACGAACCCGACUUGGACAGUGGGGAAGACUUUGACUUCAAUGGCGUUGACCUUUUCGCCUUUUCGGAUGACGAGCAGAUCAAUCAGUUCGGUGACAGGCCACUGAAGGAAAACAACACUGGCGGAACCUCCCAGGAACCAGAUUCCCUCUGGAUGGCCUUCACCAACAAGCUACCCGAAUACAAGUGCUGGUCGCCGGACCGUAUCCAGACUGAAUUCCAAGUCUUUCGGGGCUGGGCAGAAUCCUCAGGCCUGUUCCAAGCUAAUGGCAGUACCGUCGGAGGCGGUACUGCCGAACAGGCGAAUGAUCCAGCCACCGACGAUUUCAGAGUCGCCAUCACCGAUAAACCUCUGGUUGCAGGAGACAAAGCCCUAACCGAAGAUAAGCAAGCAUCUUCGCCAAAUCACCACGCAUCGGCUCCGAAUCAGCUCAAUGCCAUUUCCUCUCCCUCCGAUGAAAGACCCUCCGACGAAAGGACAAAGAACAUCCAAAAAGAUGCCUUUGCCAGCAGCCUGGCUAGCACGCUUUCCGAUGCAACUUUGUGGAUUUCAUCGUCAAUCGGGGCUGGCGGUUCAUCAAUAGCCGACGCUGAUAUUCCUCGUUCUACAGCACCGACGGAUGUAGUCAUCCAGAUGAAUCAAACAAAGACCAAUGAUUACACAUUACCAGCAAGGAAUAUCGAUAGUUCUGUUGGACCAAUGGCUAAAUAUUCUACACCCCGUCUCAAAGAUCUUUUUGAUUCGUUUCGGCAGCUUGCCGCCGCCGGACCAUCAGGAGAUGCCAACGUCGGUCCAGAAGUUCCGAAAAUGAUUGAUGUAAUGCGGCAUACCCCACAGUCAGUCCCUUUACUUCGGCCUGCGGUGAUCUUUGAAAGGCCUGCUACACCAUCAAUGAUGUUGCCAUCGGCAGUAGUGCCAUCGCCGGGAUUGCUGCACAUCGCAUCCGACGAAGGCCAUCCGGCAUCAGCUGCUCACACAACCCAUCGGCUGGCGGAGAGCCCAGCCAAUACUUCCUUGCCUGUUGGUGGAAUGGGUGGAAUGCAGACAAGAAAACGAAAGGCAGAACAGGAAGCACCCGGAACCUCAAAAAGGGUUACCAAGCCACCAAGCAAGCUUCCAGUUGAGGUGGCGAAGACAAUUGAACCGAAGCCGACGAAAGGUAGAAAGCCAUCUGGCGGAUCUGGGAACCCACCCAAGAGAGGCCGAGGGAGGCCAAGGAAAGCUGGGACUUAG